AUUACCAUUCAUGGAGUGACACUUCCAGUAGGAGGAAGCCAGUGGCAGGCAGGGGGACAGGCUGUGUGUGCAUUGGCCUGCACGCAGCACUGACAGCGCACGGUGUCCGCCUGUGUGUACCGGGGAUUAUUGCAGUGUGAUGGCCGUAGUAGUAGCAGCAGUGCCGCCGCCGCUGCUGGGAUAAUCACCCAUCUGCCCGGGAACCGGGGUGUGAGCGCACAGCUGCCGGGAGCAGCACAUGGGAGCACUGGCCGGGAGAUGAGGAGGAGCGGUGCCCGGGGAGGCAGCAGCAGCCGCAGCAGUGUGAUGCCGGAGCGCCGGUGACAGCGCGGCUCACAGGUAAACAUGAACGGGUGGCUCUCUUCCCAAAUUCUUUACCUCAGUAUUACCCUCUGUCCUGUGCUGACUGCAGAUGAGAACCAAACAACUUCAUCGUACUUCACCUCACCAAAUACUACAGUAUCCCCUGGUAAUGACACCUCCCAGCUUCUAACCUCCGUGCUGGUACCAUUGUUUGUUUGCUUUGUUCUUAUUCUUCUGGCUGGAUAUCUUUUAAGAUCACGAAAGAGCCGUAAAGCCGACGUAAACUCCGGCGACAAGAAGAUCCCAAAUGGAAUCCUGGAAGAACAAGAACAGCAAAGAGUGAUGUUACUCCGCAGCUCACCCACUGUUAUCAAGAAAUACUUCCCUAUACCAGUGGAGCAUCUAGAAGAGGAGGUCAGACUCCGCUCAGCUGAUGAUGGAAAACUCUUCCGGGAAGAGUACAAUUCAUUACAACCGGGCAAUUUGCAAGGAUCACUUGAAAUAGCCAAUAAAGAAGAAAACAAAGAAAAGAACAGAUAUCCUAACAUUCUUCCCUACGACCACUCCAGGGUUGUGCUGACUCCAGUGGAUGGAUCCGUAUGUUCAGACUACAUUAACGCUUCAUACAUAGAUGGCUAUAAAGAGAAGAAUAAAUUCAUAGCAGCUCAAGGUCCCAAGCAAGAUACAGUCAAUGACUUCUGGAGGAUGAUCUGGGAGCAGAAGUCUGCAACCAUAGUCAUGCUUACCAACCUGCGGGAGAGGAAAGAGGAGAAAUGUCACCAGUAUUGGCCUGACCAAGGCUGCUGGAUUUAUGGGAAUAUUCGAGUCUCCGUUGAAGAUGUCAUUGUCCUCGUGGACUACACAAUCCGGAAGUUCUGCAUACAGCCUGUCCAUGAUGGAUGUAAGGCCCCCAGGCUUGUGACACAGUUGCACUUCACCAGCUGGCCUGACUUUGGAGUACCCUUCACACCUAUUGGCAUGCUGAAAUUCCUCAAGAAAGUAAAGUGGCUUAAUCCCGCCCAUGCUGGACCCAUCAUCGUUCAUUGUAGCGCUGGUGUCGGACGGACGGGCACGUUCAUAGUUAUAGACGCCAUUAUAGACAUGAUGAAUGAAGAAAAGAAAGUUGACGUUUUUGAUUUUGUUUUGAAAAUCCGCGGUCAACGGCCUCAAAUGGUUCAAACUGAUAUGCAGUAUUCCUUCAUUUAUCAAGCCUUACUAGAAUACUACCUCUACGGUGACACAGAACUUGACGUGGCCUCUCUAGAAAAACACCUUCAGACGCUGUACAGUCCAGCACCACACUUUGAGAAAGUUGGCCUUGAACAAGAAUUUAAGAAACUAACAAACGUACGAAUAAUGAAAGAGAACAUGAGGGCCGGAAACCUACCAGCCAACAUGAAGAAAGCCAGGGUCAUCCAGAUUAUCCCGUAUGACUUCAACCGAGUGAUCCUGUCAAUGAAGAGAGGUGAAGAGUACACAGACUAUAUCAACGCAUCGUUCAUUGAUGGCUAUCGGCAGAAAGACUAUUUUAUUGCAACUCAAGGCCCACUGCCGCAUACGGUGGAGGAUUUCUGGAGAAUGGUGUGGGAGUGGAAGUGUCACACAAUCGUCAUACUGACGGAGCUGCAGGAGAGAGAGCAGGACAAGUGUUGUCAGUACUGGCCGUCUGAGGGCUCCGUGACGCAUGGAGAAAUAACUAUAGACAUUAAGAGUGACCGCGUCGUGGACACCAUAAGUAUCAGAGACUUCGUAGUUACAAGUAACCAGGAGAAGCUGACCCGCCUGCUCCGCCAGUUCCACUUCCAUGGCUGGCCUGAAAUCGGCAUUCCUGCGGAGGGGAAAGGAAUGAUUGAUCUUAUUGCCGCUGUCCAGAAACAACAGCAACAGACGGGCAACCACCCUAUCAUAGUGCACUGCAGUGCUGGUGCUGGAAGAACGGGGACAUUCAUUGCCCUCAGCAACAUCCUGGAGCGGGUGAAAGCCGAGGGAUUACUGGAUGUAUUUCAGACUGUGAAAAGUUUACGAAUGCAGAGACCACACAUGGUGCAAACACUGGAACAGUAUGAAUUCUGCUACAAAGUGGUACAAGAUUUCAUUGACAUCUUCUCAGAUUAUGCCAAUUUCAAAUGAAGGACUCGGCCUGUCUGAUACUCAGAACUAAGUGACAUUAUAUUUUGUUGUUAAUUUGAUCUCGUCUCUGGUUCCUAUGCUUUUGUAUUAUCUUCUGCUACCAAAUAAGAUUUCUUCUUCUCUUUUUACAUACGGUAUGGUCUUCUACAGAGAUUCCAAUACAAACCUUCAUGGUGUGAAGGAGCAGAUGUAUGUAUAGUAAUGUAUAUAUUUAUUUAUUUACAAUAUGGCAUGUAUAUUACCAGAACAUGCAUUUUGUUACUAGCCGCGGACUCUUGGUGGCGUUACUAAUGAGAAAGAGCGAUGGGGUGUGCUGGGGCCGCAGCCCUCUGUAUACGAUGCUGCAGUUCCUGGGGUUGGUGGUAAAAUAUAUUGUACAGUGUUACAUUCAGCUUCCGGUCUGUUAAAAAGAAGUGUCCUGAUGGGGUUUCAUAUUGGUAAGAGUCUGAGCUGCUGUGACAUCACUGGCUCCACCACAUGUGUAUGAAUCAACCAAUCCACAGUGUCUCUGAAGCGGGCCUGUUUAGCUUAGUAAAUAACACCCCCACCCCCUAACUGGGUGACUUGCGGCAGAGGAGUGAUAGAGCAUUAGUAUCAUUUAAACACCCCUCUUGAAGUAUGAGCUUUACUUGCUUGUUAUACUUUUCUCAACUCCUUAUAUGAUCAAGCUUAUCUGAAGUCCAUUCCAGAUGUGCAAUAUUUACAAGAGAAUGUGUGACAGAGAGACACCUUUUAGUAGAUUAGGCGUAUUUCGCAUAUCCUGUAUUGAGAAAGCUGGAAAAACGUAUUAUUAUUAUUAUUAUAUUUUUCCCCUUCCCUCAGAUUAAAUAUAUCGUAGAGUGACUAUGAAUAUCCAUGUAUUUCUUUAUUUGACAUUCAAAUAACUUUUAUAUCUAUAAAAAAAAAAAAAUAGAGAUAGACAUUCCGCAAGCCAUGACACUUUUAUGAAAGUUAGACGCAGUGUCUACUGUGAUCUGAUCUGGGCACAACUGCUUAGCCUAUUUCACCUUCCUCCUACAUUUUCAUUCAUCAUUUUCUACCUUGCCUGCAGAAAUGUCUUCCAUCAGCCAUAACAUUUAAAAAACCUACCUAAUAUUGUGUAGGUCCCCCUCAUGUUGAGGCAUGGGGUCCACAAGACCUCUGAAUGUGUUCUGUGGUAUGUAGCACCAAGAUUUAGCAUGUAUAGUUUGGAGCAGAGAAGGGAAAGGGGGGACAUGAUAGAAACUUUCAAAUAUAUCAAGGGUUUUAACAAAGUCCAGGAGGGAAACAUUCUUCAAAGGAAGAGAAGUAUUAGAACAUCAGAACAUGCAUAGACACUGGAGGGAGGUAGGUUCAGGAGAAAUUUAAGGAAAAAUGACUUCACAGAAAGGGUAGUGGAUAAGUAGAAUAGUCUCCUGACAGAGGUGGUAGAGGCUAAGACAGUAGAGUAAUUUACACAUGCAUGGGAUAGACAUAAGGAUAACCUUACAAAGAAAUAAGGAUCAACAAGGGUUGAGAUUAUGCAAACAUUUUAAAAAUGGGGCAGACUAGAUAAGCCAAGUGGUUCUUACCUGUUGUUAAAUUCUAUGUUUCUAUCCUUUAAGUCCUGUUGGUUGUGUGGUGGUGCCUCCAUGGUUUGGACUUGUUUUUCCAGCACAUCCCAUGGAUGCUCGAUCAGAUUGAGAUCUGGGGAAUUGGGAGACCAAGUCGACACCUUGAACUGUUUGUCAUGUUCCUCAAACCGUUCCUGAACAAUGUUUGCAGUGUAGCAGGGCUCAUUAUCCUGCUGAAAGAGACUACUGCAUCAGGGAAUAUCAUUUUCAUGAAGGGAUGUACUUGGUCUGAAACAAUGUUUCGGCAGGUGGUAUUUUUUAAAGUAACAUCCACAUGCAUACCAGUCCCUGAGGUUUCCCAGCCGAACAUUGCCUUUUUCCCAUGGUGCAUCCUGGUGCCAACUCUUCCCCAGGGAAAAAACAUACACACAUCUGGCCAUCUACCUGCUGUCUACUAUAUCCCACCACUUAACAAGUGCCAUUGUAACAAGAUAAUCAAUGUUAUUCACUUCACCUGUCAGUGAUUUUCAUUAUUCUAUUGCAUGUUGCCAUAACAGUCGGAACUUUGAUCCCUUCCACCAGUCAGUGAUGUUACUUCCAGAGAGUUCCAGCAUCACACACAUCUACAGUUCUCCAAACACUUCUGUUAUUCCGUACACUUACUCAUCACAUACUGUACCGCCUCAUGUAAUGUAUAUAAUAAAAUUGAUGGCUGGUAAAAAAAAAAAAAAAAAAAGAUGAAGGGGAAAAGUGCUAUAUAAAUAAAAUGAUUAUUCAUAUAAUAGCUGUGGAGACGCAACGUUCCAAAAUCCCAGUUCCUAAGAAUCAAAUGACAUAACUAUAUACUCGAAGGUUAGCAAAUAAUAUAUAAGAAAUGAUAUGUAUUGGAAUGUAGGGGAGAGAAACAUAUGCUGGGCAUACAUUAUACAAUUAUCUGGGCGAUCCGCCUAUAGAUAAUUGUACUGUAUAUAUGCGCCACUUAUCUCGGUCGGACAUACCAAAUUAUCCAGAAUGUCCGUCCGAUAAGAUAUUUUUAAAGUUGAAAGUCGACCACAUCAGGCUGCCGACUGACAGACAUUUCUCCUGUUCCUUCCGAAGAUUGUGAUAUAUCUCACAGUGUAUGCCCAUAAUAUCUGAUAGGUGUUAGGCGGUCAGAUAAAAUGUCUGGCUUUCCGAAUUUCAUUUUAUCUGACCGUCUAUGCCCAGCAAUUAGAGUAAGUUUAUGUUAAAUGUCAGAUUAUAUUUUAAUAUACAGUUAAAUAGGUGCAUAUAAAAUAAGGCACAUAUAAAAUAGGUGAAGGUGUAAUGAGAAGUCCUUGGGCCACAACAAAGGCGCAUCUCCUUUGCUAGAGGUGUACCUAAUAUUGCUAUACACUAACUACACAGCUAAUUAUUUUUCCAACUUCCUGUAUCAUUUACAAACAACAUUCACAUAUAUCGGUCUGUCUCACUCAGUCAGAAUUUUAAAUAAGGGCUCUUAUAAAAACACAGUAGAUUGUAAUCAAUGCAGCUAUAUUGGGGGUCAUUCCGAGUUGAUCGCUCGCUAGCUACUUUUUGCAGCGCUGCGAUCAGAUAGUCGCCGCCUAUAGGGGAGUGUAUUUUCACUUUGCAAGUGUGCGAACACCUGUGCAGCCGAGCUCUGCAAAAACAUUUUGUGCAGUUUCUGAGUAGGUCUGAACUUACUCAGCCCUUGCGAUCACUUCAGCCUGUCUGGUCCCGGAAUUGACGUCAGACACCCGCCCUGCAAACGCCUGCGUUUAACCAAACACUCCCAGAAAACGGUCAGUUGACACCCAUAAACGCCUUCUUCCUGUCAAUCUCCUUGCGAUCGGCUGUGCGAAUGGAUUCUUCGUUAAAUCCAUCACUCAGCAAUGAUCCGCUUUGUACCCAUGUGACGCGCCUGCGCAUUGCGAUGUAUACGCAUGCGCAGUAGUGACCUGAUCGAUGCGCUGCGAAAAACGGCAGCGUGCGAACAGGUCGGAAUGACCCCCAUAGUAAGCAACUUGUAUUUUGUAGCCUUGUAAAAACAAACCUCAAGCCUCAUUGAUACUAAUAUUAUCCUUUAUUUAUAUGGCGCCACAAGGGGUCCACAGCGCCUUACAGCAGAAACAGUAUAAUCACACAUAUACACACACACGUGACUUGCAGCAUUAAACACUGCAGAACAAGGACCCGGGUUAUAAACAUAUCUGCAUCAGCAGUCAUAGGACUCAAAUCAGCAGCGGGACGGCCACACACAAAGGUUUGGUGCCAAUGUAGACAGUGAGGAGAUGACGGUAUGAGUGAGGGGAGGAAAAGCACAAGAGGGAAGAGGGCCCUGCUCGUCAGAGCUUACAUUCUAUGGCAUACAAAUGCUUAUCCAGUGUUUUUGCCAUUCAUAUGAGUUAUUAGAGAUCUACAGGCCAUAUUAAUAUCCUUAAAAGACUUAUAAAUAAUUUAUGGCAGAAAAUACAUGUAACCAUUCUAGUAUAUUGGCAUUAAAUGUAUAAAAUUGUAUAUGGUCUCUCUAGUUACAGAACCGUGGUUGGUAAACUGAAUUACCAUAUGGCUGUGAUGUGUGUACCAACAUAAAUGUGUCAUUAAUCUACCCUGCAUUACUCUGCAGUUGUAUCUCAAAUAUGCCUUCCUGCUUUAUGAUAAACUCUCUGCCGUUUGCAAAGAUUUGUGGAAAAGUACCAAACCUGUUUACAGUACAGGUGUGGUCUCUAUGGGACCGAGUUCCUAGAAUGCUCGUGACUUAGCGCCAUGCCAAAAAGUUACUAAGUUUCAUUCACAAUGUGAAAGUGAGCUGUCCUGUGUAACUCCACGCUGCCCCCUGGUGUUCCUCUUUUGCUUAGCAGAACGCCACAAAGAACUGCAACUGCAGGAAGAUACUGCCAGCGAUCCUAUUAUCAGUGUGUACAGUGUGACACCAUCACAGGACAGCAAUUCCUUUAUUAUUUUUUCCUGGAGAAAGAGUUUCCAGAUAAGAAAACCCUUAUUUGCAUGUGCAAACACACGUAUAUCCUGACGAUUGCAGUUUAGCAUUUGCUCUUUAAUUGCUUGCGGUGAUAUUAUUACUAUUGUGGUUCAACAUUUUUCUCAGCUUAUCGGCCCGAUUCAGAGCUGAUCGCUGUGCUGCUAAUUUUACUGUCCUGCGAUCAGAUAGUCGCCACCCAAGGGGAGUGUAAAUUCGCCCCGUGCAAGUGUGUGAUCACAUGUGUACGCCUUGCAAAAAUGUCUUUCGGUCAGCGGACAUAUGCAAAUCCGUUUGCACCUCACUCACCAGUGAAUGUUUUUACCAGUGUGUGCUGUCUGUGCGCAGCCCAGGACUUAGGGGGUAAUUCCAAGUUGAUCGCAGCAGGAACUUUGUUAGCAGUUGGGCAAAACCAUGUGCAGUGCAGGGGAGGCAGAUAUAACAUGUGCAGAGAGUUAGAUUUGGGUGGGUUAUUUUAUUUCUGUGCAGGGUAAAUACUGGCUGCUUUAUUUUUACACUGCAAAUUAGAUUGCAGAUUAAACACACCCCACCCAAAUCUAACUCUCUGCACAUGUUAUAUCUGCCUCCCCUGCAGUGCACAUGGUUUUGCCCAACUGCUAACAGAAUUCCUGCUGCGAUCAACUUAGAAUUACCCCCAUAGUGCGAAAAGAACAGGCUGAUCGGGGCCAGAGCUGACGUCACACACCCUCACAGAAAAUGUUUUCCCUAACACUCCCAGAAAACGGGCAGUUACCACCCGCAAACGGCCUCUUCCUGUCACUCAGCUUGCGAAUGGCUGUGCGAUCGAAAUUUCCGCACCAGCCUGUCACUGUUUGGCGACGUGCGCGUGCAUUUCGGUGCAUAUGCAUGCGCAUUCAAUCGAUAAUCGCCCGCUGUGCAAACACGCACAGCAGUGAUCAGCUGUGAUCCGGGCCCUAUAUCCGCUAUAACUGUUCCCAAGGUCGCAGCUCCCUCAAAGCAAUUUACUUUUAGGUAUCAAUGCAAACAUGACAGAUACCCUUAAUAGAUUAUGUGACGAUGAAAACAAAAUCUAGUCUAGGAAUGAGACAUAUUUCCUUUGUAUAGGAAUGUUCACUUUAUAAGUAGGUUGACUUGAAUUAUGGUUGAAUAAUGAAUAGGUAUUUCUGCCACGGUUUUGUUCUUUACAUGCAAGUCUGCUGAUACAUCUUAUCAUGUUUAUCUGGAUGAGACCAAUGGAGGCAUUUACAGGACCUACAAUCCACGCUGCCCUGUAUAAGAGAUCUAUUAACAUUGACAAAUAUAUUGAAGAUACGUCAGAUAAAGAUGUGAUUGUGAGGUUGUACAUGAGUGCAGGCUACCGGUCUGUAAACACAUAUAUACAUAUAGAACAAUGCACACAGCCUCACUGAUCCUGGAAGUGGCCGAUAACAGAGACAUAUAGCUUACACUCAUCUACACUGCAAAUGUACGUCUAAUGUGAAAUAUCUUACAAGUAUUGAAACCUUUACAUAUAUAUUUCUGAUUGAUACCAAUAGAUCUUUCCCCGUGAAAGGUAAAAUAUAAUGUAAUCUGCAUUUUACAUUAUGACGCUAAUAUGUGCUUAAGAAAUAUCUUUGUCUUAUAGUAUGACCUCAAAAACAACUUUUGUAGGUUCAUCUGUUAAUCCGGGAUGCAGAUAAAAUGCCGGCUGUCGGGAUCGCGGUGUUCAGGAGGCCGAUGCCGGAACCCCAGCGCACCAGGGCUAUUUCCACUUGUGGGUGUCCACCACACCAAUAGAACGUAAAUAGAUCCUGCGGCGAAUGCUGCGAGCUGAGCCCGUAGUGUGGCAAGCACAGCCGGCCCACAAGGGUACUCUUGGCGCUUGCCCCGCUGCCGGCAUUCUAGCGGGCGGGAUACCGCUGUCAGGAUAUUGACAACCGGCAUCCCGCCCGUCGGUAUAACGUAUGUAACCUGUUAAUCCCAGUACCACUUUCCUGGUUUUGGAUUUUGUAAAAUGUGUUUCUAGAAGUGGUAUCAUAACAUCACGUGCAGAGAUUGUGGCAACAGGGCCGUAACUAUGGUAGGGAGGGUGUAGCCGCUGCCCAGGUCACAGCCUAGAGAGACACUGCAGAGCCAGCGGCUCUGCAUCCACACAUGUUGUAAUGCUGUUACAUGUUCAGGGGCGGGGCUGAACUAGUGAGGAAUAUCGCCCCGGUUACGGUCAAGUGUAACUCACAUAAUCAAUGCAUCCAGUAGCGGCACUGAACCCGUCUCUUCGUGUUACCGCAAGACCGAAUUGUCUGUAGCCAACAGGAGUAGUUGGAUUGGCUUCGGUUUGUUUAGAGCGAACCCCUGCAGAGAAGGUAACACAAAAUGAACUUUGCAGUGGGAAGUGGUAAUGCAGCUAUUUUCUAGUUAUGUGACCCAUAGCAACCAAACCAAGUAACGUUACUCCUUGUGGAGAUGGAUCUUUUAAACAUAAGCUGACGGAUACCAUAUUGUAAACAUGUUUCGAUCUACAGUUGAGCAAAAUACCUGCUGGUGACCGCUCUAUUCAAGCAAGUAAGUCUGGAGCUGGGCACACCGCAAAUAAUGGAUAUACAGGAAAACUAUGUAUUUGCAAUUUAAAUUAUUAUAGAAAAAAACAUAAUAUAUGCAGACACUGAAGUAAUUUACUUACAGGUUAUUUGACGUAUUGCCCAUUAAUCUGAGCCGCAUUUAUUUCUGUAUCAAAGGUUUUUUUUUUGUAUUUUGUAACUAACUUAAUGCAUGCCAAAUGGGAGUAUGUCUAUGUAAUAUAUAACUUAACUUUUUUUAUUAUUAUUAUUAUUCUUUGACCUGUGCUUCUGUGCCUGUGCAGUACUAUUUUGAAACAAACUGUAAAUUAUUGUACCAUAUGGAUAAUACAAAUUUUAAAAUAUAGAUUGAAACAAAGUCUUAACUACGCUGGUAGAAGUGUCAUUUUUGGACGUUACCACUAGGUAGUGCCACUAAACCUUUAUUAAGAAAAGAGCAUGCAGGACUGUCCAAGUAAGAAUUUGGGCAGGCGAUUUUACUUUUAACAUAGCACAGACAAAACCCGGCAAUCAUCUAAUAGUGAAAGCAUUCAUCUGAUGCAUUUUAUCAGAUAGGGAUUUUCUACUGAGCAUUCGCCGUUCCAGAAGAAUUCCUAUUCCAUUGUAUUAUGUGACUACAUAAAUCUAGUUUAGGCAACCUGUAGCUCUCUGGUUACUGUGGAACUACAAAUCCCAGUAAGACCUGUAGCUACACAACAUCUGGGAGAGCCUAGCACUGAUGUCAGUGCCUAAUGCUAGUAGUUCCAAAAUUCGCCCCUUAAGGCACCCUAACAGUCCAGGUUUUAAGGAUAUUCAUACUUAAGCACAGGUGACUUUAUUAGUAUCUCAGACAGUUUUGCUGGGUACACACCUGAGCAACUCAGCAGCUAACCGGCCAUCCCGCUGUCUGAUCGACCAACUUCGUAAGCUAUUCACAUUUACCAAUCAGCCUCUCUGUAUAUCUGGCCAGACAUCACAACUAGAUGGACAUUUAAAUGUGCUCCUACCCCCACUGUGAUGUCAUAGUGGGCGGUUCCUGCGGCCGCAUAUCGAUACACUAGUGAUAUAUAGUUUGUACUAACGAUCUAUCUGCGUAGGGCGUACCCAACCAUUGAUUAUAUCUUCUGCGCACAUGCAUGGAUGUAUUUAAAACAUGGGCUAUUAGGGCAGGGCGCCUUAAGGACAUUAGGGCAGAUGUAUUAAGCCUGGAGAAGUGAUAAAG